GCAGCCCUGGACAUCGGGCACGAUUUUUUACGCAGAUUCGGGUUUUCCGCAUGAAUUUCGCGAGUGAAAAACACAAAAAUGGUGCAAACAAUUAAUGGCCUCUCCAAAUGAAUAGUGAUUUCUUAAGAUAAUAAUUGGAAAUGAGUCCAACGCCUUGAAAAGUGCAGAACUGUGCGCAGCACGCGUAACGUUACCAGACUGUUGCGGACAUUUGGAUUGGUGUUAUUUUUGUGAUUUUAAAAGUUUUCUCCUGUUUCAUGUGAUGUAAAAAGAUCCAAUUCUUUUUCUUAACAUUGGUUUUCCCUUGAAAUCUUCGGAAAAACUCGGUUGGGCUGGAAAAUCGUCGCGUGAGUAGGUGGUUGCCAGACCAACCGCAGGGCGCACGAGUCCAUCUCUAGUUUGUUUUCAUUCGGAAAUUGGAAAAAAAAGCUCUUGCAACUGAGAUUGAUUUCAUAAAUUAAAUCUGGAUAGCGUGUGCUCCCAAGGCCGCAAAUCUUGACGAGAUGGCGGGGCACGCGGAGCUCAAGGAGCUGGGCAUGUUCGAGCUGCGGCCCCUGAUCACCAAUCUCAGCUGCAAGCUUUCAGCGGUGACGGCGGGCCUGGACGAGAAGCAGUUCCUGUGCCUGGUGAGCGAGGAAAACGAGAUCCUGCUGCGGUACAUCAGCGUCUCCGGCCAGGAAGUGGUUAAGAUGAUAUCCUGGUUCCGCAACCGUGUCAUUCACGACGUCUGCUUCGACCCAGCAGGCAUCUGGCUGCUGGUGCUAUGUUUCGACAACACCCUGCAUAUCGUGCCCGCUUUGGCACUGGUGGACAAGACGCACGUACUGGCCGCCUGCUCGCUGUACAGCACCAGCCAAGUGACCUCCUACAUCAUCCCCUUUGUGGGUCCUCACGAGUGCCCCAACUCUAAGAAGUGUCCCAAUCACUCUUCGGGUCUUGACGAUCCAAUGGUACCGGAGCCGGUGGAGCAACUUCCAGGCAAUUUGGAAACCCUCAAGUUGGAGGCAGAGGAACCUCUGGGCCACGAUCUGCCCGAGCACAUGCUGGUGAGAAACAGUGAUCAGGUUGACGGCUCUACGGGACAGCAGCCUCAACAGGAGCAGCAACCGGUCGUGCAGCCGUUUGAUGCCACCGGUAACAGCCAGGUGAUGGCCACCUCCUUCAUGGCGUCCAAGACCUGCCCAUAUCCAUUGUCCGUGGUUUGGUGGAAGACAAACACCGGUCUAAAUAGGGCCAUUAUCGGGUACUCAGACGGCUCCAUUUGUUUUGUGGGUUUGAGUCCCAACUGCCCGAUGAUUGCGAGCACCGCCAUCGAAAAUGGAUCUGUGAUGCGUCUGGUUAUCUGCAAGGAUAAGGCCUACGACGGCGUCAUGCUGCUGAUUACUUCCUCGCUAAAGCAGCAGUACAAGCUUCUUUUGGAGCAAAAGGCAAUCAUGUACGUGUACCCCGGAGACAGUUCACCCACGACACGCGAGGGGGCCUGGCAGAUCGUGAUGUCGGUGCAGAAUAAACAGCAGAGCACUGCCGCGGGUCCCAGGCAAAGUAAUAGUUCCGAUCCGGCCUCUGACAGCAGCCAGCUGGAAGAGGAUGUGUUUGUGCCUCCGUCCAGCGAGGAGGCAGCGUCUAGCAGUCAAGCCGCGAAAGCCUCAGACGCUAGUGCUGAAACUGGAGCUGUUGGAGCAGAGGGGCCACCACCACCACCGCCGGCACCACCAUCGUACAGCGAAGCAGUAGCCCGGCAAUCCGCCGAACAGCAGGGAGGCGUACGCUUUCAGCAGCAACAACUGCCAGCGGGUAGCACCAACGAUGGCAUUCUGCCCGCAACGAGAGCUCGCCUAGCCUCGCUCAAGAGUCUCGGAACCAAGAAGCUGCAGGCCAUCAAGAUGCGGCUUUCGGAUCAGCGGCAAAAGUUCGAUGAAUUUAUGCCAGACUCCGCGGGCUCUUUUGCGAUCAUGGACUCGCCCUCGGUCACGCCAGAGCCGCUGGGCACCACCACCGGAUCCUUUUACACCAUCCAAAAUCUACGCAGCACCUUCCUGCUAAGCGCCCUGCACAGCAACAGCCACAGCCUGACCGUGCACAGCAUCGAUAUUAGCCUGAAACCGUUGUUUGUUUACAAGAUACCGAAGCACACCCAGGAAAUACUCAUUAGCUCCAACAUACUCUACGGCAUACACUAUGUGGAUCUUCACUGUCGCAGCGACUCGGCCAUUUCUACGGCGGCCUCGUCGCUGGCAGAACCGCUGGUGGCCAAUACGGACAAGGAGAAUCGGGACGCGGACACCGAAAAACUGGAUCAGGCGGAUGCUGCGGAAGUCAGUGGACAAAAGAGCGACACAACUAGUGCAACGACCACGGCCACCUCCAGUUUGGACCACAGCGAGAUGCCCAGUAAUGCGAUCAAUGCGGUCAGCGUCAUCAGCAGCGCAAUGGCCUCGCUGCACACCUCCGACGAAGAUCGCUUCAACAAUCUGGCCCAGAUAGGACUCUUUCGUUUCGAAAACGAAACCGUGCUGCACCUGUAUCAGAUGGCACAAUAUCGCAGUCCCGCCGGCCAGCCGGAGGCGCUUAGCAAAGAGGAGAAGGCCAAGGCUUUCGAAAUCAAGGAUAUUCACACGCCCAUGGACUACAUUCAGUUUUACGAGACGGCGGACGUAAGCAGUGAGUUCUCUCUGAGACAGAUGGAGAUAAUGCAGUCCGAGUUUCCCAAGAUCAAUUAUGAUCCCAGCUAUGUGAUCACCAAUAAGAAUGUAUAUACCAUACAGCUCAGAAAGGAGCCCUUCGAACUGUUUCUGGAUGCCGCCCUGCAGAACGAGUUUAAUCAAUGCCGCGACUUCUGCAACACUUUCGACCUCUCCUUUGAGCAGUGCAUCGAGUUCGCAGGCGACUAUCUGCUGCGGCGCAAGAAGAUUACCCAAGCUCUGCUCACGUACAAUGUGGCGCGUGUCAAGCCGAUACGCACAGCCCUUAAGCUGGCCAUGUACGGACACACCUACGCACUGAUGCAGCUGAGUGCCAUGGCCCUAAAGUCCACAUAUCUCCUGCGAUCGCGGCACAUGGGUCACCCACUGCUCAAGGGUAUAAUGGAGGACAUCACCUACCGGCACUCGGAGGACGUGCGUAUGAUCUUGCCCGAGAAAACGCUGCAAGAGGAUGUGAUCAGUGGUGCCGUCUGCAGUGAUUAUCACUAUGGUGUGGACGAGUCAAUUAGCGCCCUGCAAAUGUCGCCAUCCUCGCAGUUUCAUUUGGCCAACCUGUUGCUCAUUACAAUGGCGGAGAAGGCGGUUAACGAUAAGAACUACAUACCGCUGUGGAACUUCCUGGUCACCAAUAGCAAAUAUCACACCAACAUGACGAGCAUUGUUCUGUGUCAAAGUGGACUCUUCUCGUCGGCGAUUGUACUGGCCAAAGUUCGAGGUGUUUGUCUUGAUACUUUCAAUGCAUUAAUUAGUGUGGUGGCCCAGGAGUUUGGCUGGUACAAUGAGCUCAACGUGUGCCUGUAUAAUCUGAGCGAGAAUAUAUUUAUGGAGUCAAUAACUUACCUGCCGCAUGUGUCCAUGGACUACUUUGCUUUCAUCCAGGAGAAGCUGGAUCAUAUAAGGCCUUGUGUGCUGCAGCGCCUGUCCAAGCAGUUGAAUCCCUUCGCUCCUGCUCUGAGGCCCAUUGUUUCCCACAAUAGCGACUGCGCCAUGGCCAAUGAUAAUAACCAGCAAUUGUUUGAGUUUGGCAAGAGUCUCAUUGAAACCUUUUUGGCCGUGCUCAUCCACAUGGAAUCCCAACGCGUCAAGCAUGAUUUAAUUGUGAAUGCUCUAUCGCAUUUCCGUAUUAACUACGAAGACAAUCAGUUUGCCAUUGAAUCAUCGCGCUUCAAACCGAUCUCAGCUGGUUGUGCUUACUGUGCCUGUGUGGUGGAUGGCACCGCCUACUUCUGGGGCUCCAGUGGUAUUCCCACCUAUUACAGCGCCCAAAAGUCAACUGAGCCACCAGAACCGGCGCAUGCUGUGAAAAGCCUGGAGCUUCUCUCUCAGCUCAAUUUGCAAGUUCAUGCUAUCAAGUGCGGGCGACAGCAUACACUUAUUCUAACCAAUAAUGGCCUCUAUUCUGUGGGAAAUAACAAUCUCUGUCAGCUGGGUAUAGGACGACAUAUGCAAAUGGCCUUGCAGCCCAUGCUUGUGACGGCCUUGGAUGGAAUGAAUAUAACCAUGCUGGAGGCGGGCCAAUAUCACAAUGCGGCCGUAGCCGAUGGCAAGCUCUAUAUGUGGGGAUGGGGCGUCUAUGGUCAGCUGGGACAGGGCAGCUGCGAAAACAUAGCUACACCACAACUAGUCAGUUUUUUCAAGUUUAAGAAAAUUUUACAAGUAUCGCUGGGCCAUGCGCACACCUUGGUGCUGUGUGGGGCAUCUAGCAAAUAUAUGGAGGCCAGCGGAUGCAGUACAGAGCUCUUCGUAUUCGGCUCCAAUCACUUUGGUCAGCUGGGUACCGGUAAUAGCGACCAGGCUGUCGACACCAAGAUAAAUCUGCCAGUGCGCCUGGAGAUGGGCGACAGCAGCUUAAGACUGAUACACACCAAAUUUUUUACCAAUUUAGCUGUAGACGAUCAGGAACGUCUCUUCACCUGGGGCAGUUCGCCGCAGGCCUUGCGACUCGCCAAUCAAAUCAAGAGACGCGCAAAUGCCAAGCAGAAGCUGGAGGAGAAUCACCAGCGAGAGAUGCUAAGCAAGCAAUUAGAGGCUACUCUGAUGCCGGCGGCUAAUCUACCCAGCACCACUAGCAAUAUAGUUGAGCCCACUACAUCCUAUGCGGCGGUGGUGGCCGGCGCCACCCCUAAAGCCCCCAGUGAGCCCAAAGAGGAGCAGGGGGAUAAUGAGGCUGUGCCAUCAGAUGCUACGGAAACCAUUGGAACUACGAGUAAACGAGGAGCGGAAAUACUUAAUUCGGGCCCGCCGCCAGCCCCGGCUCCGGGACUUGCGGUUUCGGCCACCGAACCCGAUCCCACGGAGCACCUGAGUCCACAUUUGGUGGACACCAGUGAGGUGGCAGGCCAAAUUCUGCAGAUCGCAAGUGGCCUGUUCCAUUUCUGUUUGAUCUCGUCCAGCUGUACGCUUUACACGUGGGGCAAGAACCUAGAGCACCAGCUGGGCACCGAGGACAAGGAACGGCGGGCCGUGCUAAAGCCCUCGCCCAUCGACAGCAUCGAGCGACCGAUGUACGUGGACUGCGGAGCGGACUUCACGCUGGUCAUGACCACCGAUCAUAUGGUGCGCGCCUUUGGUGGCAACUCGAACGGCCAGUGCGGCCGGGAUCUGGGCGCCAGUUUGGAAAGGAUGCGACAGCGGGUAGUGUGCCUGCCGACAACGAAGCGGCUGAUGCGUUUCGAGAGCCAAUGCGUCGAGGCGCCGGUGGAGAUCAAUCUGCCGAGGCCACGCAUCCGGCUGGAUCAGGAUCCAGUCAGGUAUCUGAAGGUCAUGCCGCCGUACCAGCCACACUUCCUGCAGCCGGCAAACAUAAGCUUUGAUCAACAGUACUCCGUGGGCACGGGCAAUUACAAGAGCAGCACAGAACCCGCGGCCACCGGGCAGGACUCGGAUGAUAUGCUGAGCAGUCUGGAGAACCUCAGCCAAAACGAUGCCAGCUUCUCGUAUAAUGUCCCGGCGAUGGGCGUCGAUGUCAACAGCUCGCUGGAUAUGGAUUACACACCCGAGGAGCAGAGUUACGUGCCGCUGCCCGAGCAAGGGGGAGGAGUACCCGUCACAGUGCAGCAGCAGCUGUUGGGCAGGAAUGAUGGUGACGAUGAUGCCAGCACCUUUACGCCCAGUAGCGAGGGUCUGGAGGAGGCGUCAGUGCAGCAGCUGCGCCACUACAUCCAUUACUGUCUGUACGUCUUUCACGGCCUGUAUAAUCCCGACAAGAUUAGCGAGUGUGCCCGUCCAAAUCGCAACGAGUACCGCAUUCGGAUCUGUAUGCUCAACUUCCGGUUCGUUGAGGCCUUCCGGCUUUGCCUGCAGAACUGUGAUUCCGCCCAGCGCACACUUAAGCUUUUCGAGUACUUUAGCAAGGACACAGGCUACGUGCCCCUGCGGCGGGCAGACCUGAAGCACCUCAUCUACCACCUGUGUCUGCACUUCCUGGAGCGCAAGUUCGAUAUGCUCGAGUGCGAGCGCUUCUUUAUGGGCGACCUGGACUACUAUCUGCUGGAGCUGGCCUAUGUCUUCUACUUCAACAACAACAACUCGACGUUGGAGCAGAAUCUCAACCAGAAGUUCAAGCAUCUGAUGGCAGCGGCGGCGGACGAACAGCAGCAGCAGCUGCAGGACACUGAUGUCAUCUUCGAUAGCUUUACGGUCAAGUUCAAGACGAUCCUGUGCCAGCGGCUGCUGAGCUACUCGGACUGCGAGGCUGCCAAUUAGCAGUGGCUCUGCCCAGGAGUUCCGUUCCCAGUUCCGGUCUUGAAUCCUGGUCUCUUCCGUUCGGCCCGCAUCAGUUGAGGGGCCUUGUCGUCAUUUGUCUUGUGUUAUGUGUUUUGUUGUAAGUUCAGUCCGGGAACUGGGGACUCCCUUUUAUGUGUCCCCACUAUAUACACCAUAAUUGUUGUUUGCGGUUAUUUAUAUGUACAUCAAAGGCUUUUUAUAGCGCUGUUAUUUAAACAAAAUAUUUAAGACAAGCAAAUUGUUUAAAGAAUCCAA